GUUAUUCUUUUAUUUCUCGCUACAUAGAAGUUGGCGGAGAAAUAAAAUUCAAUUAAAUUAUUAAAAUAACCCAUUGCGAAAUGGUAAAUCAAUUUAAAAAUGAGUAAUACGUGAAUCGAGUGCUUGAUAAGAUAAAAUAGUGCACUUAUCUUGGUGAUAACGUUUUCAAAUACGAUGCCAAAAAUCACAAUCAAGAAAAUUCCAUUGAGGCAUCAACAGAUCAGAAUUAAAACAAAUCAGAUACUCUCAAUGCAAAAAACUAUCGACAGAAGUUUGCUAACUAAUUUAUCAUGGACGAAUGGCAAUAAUGUUUCUCAAAAUUCCGUCAUUAAAGUGAAUAAGUUAAAUCCUCAAGUUCUUGAUUCAAAACGACUCAGACGAUCAAUUACAACAUGCAAACUUAAAUUGUCAAGAACUCACGUAAUUUCGAAUUAUUUUCAAACAACUGAUGAAGAUCUGAAAUUAAAUUAUAAAAAGUCGUUCUCUGCUCCAAUUAUUGUUGCUCCUAAAAACUUUUCUGCAUCAUCAACGGCACUGACGGCAUCAACAACACACCAGAACACACUAUCAACACCAACUGAAAUACAAUUGAACAUUGCACCAAAUUACAGCCUUAAUUGUUGCUACCAAGCAACUCUUUCACACUGUCAGAGCUCUGGCAUUGGAGAACCAUCUGUUUAUCAUGCUUUAGUUGUUAUUUUCUUAGAAUAUUUUUCAUGGGGCCUCUUAACAAUGCCCGUCAUCAACGUCCUCAACAAGACUUUUCCCGACCACACGUUUCUCAUGAAUGGUCUCGUGAUGGGCAUCAAAGGAAUUCUAUCAUUUCUUAGCGCUCCAUUAAUCGGAGCUUUAUCCGAUGUUUGGGGACGGAAGUUUUUCCUUCUCAUUACUGUCUUCUUUACAUGCGUUCCAAUUCCAUUGAUGUCAAUAAAUUCAUGGUGGUUUUUUGCUAUGAUCUCAAUAAGUGGCGUAUUUGCAGUCACUUUCUCGGUAGUUUUCGCUUAUGUUGCCGAUGUAACAACAAUUGAGAAUCGCUCACGAGCAUAUGGAAUGGUAUCAGCAACAUUUGCAGCAAGUCUUGUGAUUUCACCUGCACUUGGAGCUUAUCUUAACGACAUGUAUUCAGAGCCUUUAAUAGUAGCAUUGGCAACAGCGGUCGCUGUUCUUGAUGUCUUUUUUAUUCUUGUUGCCGUACCAGAAUCAUUGCCAGAGAAGGUGCGACCAAAUCAAUUUAGUCCAAUCAAUUGGGAGCAAGCAGAUCCUUUUGCUGCAUUAAGACGUGUCGGAAUGAAUCACACAAUUCUCAUGCAAUGCAUCACAGUUCUACUCUCGUACCUUCCCGAAGCUGGACAGUAUUCGUGCAUUUUUGUUUAUCUUAAACUUAAAAUGCACUUCAGCUCAAUGGAUGUGUCCAUCUUUAUAGCAGUCGUUGGUAUUUUGAGUAUUGUUGCGCAAAUGGUUUUAGGUGAUUUGAUGCGUGUCCUCGGUGCUAAGAGAACGAUCAUCAUAGGAUUAACAUUUGAGAUGCUUCAGAUGUUAUGGUAUGGAAUUGGAACGCAAACUUGGAUGAUGUGGGGAGCUGGAAUUUUAGCGGCAGUCGCUUCAAUAACUUAUCCAGCAAUUUCCGCAUUUGUGUCGAUACAUUCGACAGCAGAUCAACAAGGAGUUGUUCAGGGAAUGGUAACGGGUAUGAGAGGGCUGUGUAAUGGUCUUGGACCGGCAAUGUUUGGCGUUAUUUUCUAUUUAUUCAAUGUUGACCUCAACGACGAAUCCAAGAAUAUAAAUAAUAAUAUAAACUUCAAUGACAUGAAACUAAGUUUGACGAAUAUAUCCGACGGUGUUCAACUUCACAAUCAAAACAGCAACAACGAACUUAUCAUGGGACAAUCUCAUGAGAAUAAUUUUCUUACACAGUUUAUGCCAGGACCACCAUUUGUCUUCGGUUCGAUGAUGGUUGUUGUUGCCAUUCUUGUUGCUGUUUUCAUCAAAGAAGAACAACAUCCAGAUCCAAAGCGAACGUCGAUUGUUGGUGAGAUGAAAAUGUCUGAUGUUGAAGAGUUACUCGAAGAAAUAGUACCGAAGAAAAGUAUUUCUCAGCAUAAUCAAACUUCAUCCCCUGAAUCGUCAGUGUUGAAAAUAAGCAAUGUUUACUCAACAGUCAAGGAUAAGAAUAUUCCAGUAAGUAGAGGAAUAAAAGUUAGAACACCCGGACAAUUGAAUGGAAGUGUUCGAAAUGAAAAUGGACCGAAAACUCGUUCACAAAUUCAGCAGCAACAACAUCAGCAUCCACAAUUGGUUACAUUAAAACGAUUGGGAACAAACUCAAAGUUGCCGCCGGUUUCAAUUCCAUUAAAUUCCCAAGUAAAGAAUCAAAUUUUUGCUCAGACAGAUUCACACUUGUAUCGGAUGCGAGAAUUGACACAACAUUCAGGACAAAGUUCUCAUGGUAAAGCUGAUGCAAAAGAUUCUUAUAUCAGGGAUUUGGUAGAACAGAAUGGAGAAAUGAGAACGAUGCUUCUCCAAAUGCAACAAGAGUGCGAUUAUAUUCGCUUAAAAAUGCAAAAGUUUACGACAGUUAUCACCAAAUGUUUAAGUCAACAGACUCAAACAACAGUUAAGUAUGGAAAUCCUAAUAAUGAGCAACCAAAACCCAAUGAAAUGCAGCGUCGUAAUAUUCAGAAUAUUAGGGAGCAACAACCAAUAAGGAAACCUUUAAUGAAAGUAAUAGCAAGGAAAAGUACUUCAGCUCAACAUGUUGAAGCUGCUGGACCUGCUGCUACACAACGACGUUAUCGAACACCCAUCUUUCCUAUCAAAAGCCUUAAUGCACUUAAACAAUUGGAAGAAGACUUAUGUAAUCGAGCAUUUUAUGAUUUCGUCUUUCAAAAGAUUGUCUCAUCUCAUAAAGAUUACAAAUGUGAAAAACCCGGCGAACUCUUAUCUUAUGUUUUACAUUCAGUCAUUUUUACCGAUUUGCUUGGACAAUUUGAAUGGGGAGACUCAGACGGGUUUCCCUGUGAUAAAGAACUAUCACCAAUGCGCUUCAGAAUUUAUACAAAAUUUCGAGAACUCUAUUUGCGUGUUGUUAAUGCUAUGAGUAGAUUACGUUUUGGAAGACUUUUGGAUCAGAAAGCAGUCGAGAAUUUUAUUCAAACCAAAAUUCGUACUACUAACAAAAUCCGUCAACAGAAAAUAUUAUCAAUGGCAAAACAGAACAUUUCUCAACAAAGAAGUGAACAUCAAAUUGGUGAAAUUGACGAGAAAAAUGUGAAAAUAAAAGGAGAAAAUUCUAAAGCCCUUACAGAACAUGUAGAAAUUGCCGAGGUUGAUAAAAUCGGCAGCAAUAAUAAUGUACCGAAUAUUCAGUGGAUUGAAGAUGACACUGAAAAUGAGAAUAAGAUUGCAAACGAUAACGAAAAUGACGAUGACAUUGCAAGUGAGAGUAAGGAAGAUAACGAGGAAGAGUUAAUUGAAAUUACUGGAAUCAUGAGUGUUCCAGGUAAUGGGAUAUUUGUCGUGCGUGGCGAGUUAUCUACAAUUAUGACUGCUAUGAGAAGAACAUCGAGAAAUUCGUGGAACUCCUAUCAAUAUGACAACUCAGACAGUUUAUCUAAAUCGUUUAACGAGCUUAAAGAAUCAGUUUUACAAAUCGAAGAUUUAAAAUUGAUUUCGCCAGAAAUUUUUCUUGCACCAUUUCUGGAAGCAAUUCGAUCUGAAGAAACAACUGGACCGAUAACAAGUAUUGCACUUUCAGCUGUCAAUAAAUUUCUGUCAUAUGGACUCAUAGAUCCAACAAAUCCGAACAAGGCGAAUAUUGUUCAGACAAUUGCUGAUGCUGUUACACAUGCUAGAUUUGUUGGAGGAGAUAACAAUUCAGAUGGAGUUGUUUUAUUAAAAAUUGUUCAAGUUUUAAGGACUUUGAUGUUGAGUCCCGAAGGAAGUUCCUUGUCCAAUGAAAGUGUUUGCGAAAUUAUUCUCAGUUGCUUCAGGAUCUGCUUUGAAACACGACUAAGUGAAUUAUUGCGUCGAACAGCUGAGCAAGCUUUAAGAGACAUGAUUCAUUUGUUAUUCAUGAGACUCCCACAAUUUGUAGAAGAUCUCAACACUUUCAAUAUCAAACUUUUAAAGAUUCGCCCUGAAAAUUUGCCAAAAACAUCCAAAACAAAAUCGAUAAGUGAUUUGAAUGAUAAGCCAAGUCAACAACAAUCAACAAAAGUUCAAGAAGCAACAGAGAGUGAAGAAACAAAGCUGCUUGCUUCAAGUGAAGAUAUGAAUGAACCUGUAAGUGUCGUGCCAAUGGCAGAAGAUGAAGAAGAAGUUGAUGAAAAUAUUAUUGAAGAUUCAUUGCAACAACAACAGCCAGAAAUUGUGUCUGUCGACAAUUCACAAGUUUCAGACGAUGGCUUGAACCCGAAUGUCAUUCGAAAUGAUAUUGAAUCUUACAUUCCAUAUGGAAUUCCAUGUAUUCGAGAGUUAUUCAGAUUUUUAAUCUCUCUCUGCAAUCCAUUCGAUUCACAGAAUAACGACAAUGUCAUCCACAUUGCUUUAAAUCUAUUAACUGUGGUGUUUGAAGUUGCAUCUGACAACAUUGGAAACUUUUAUUCUCUCACGACACUCGUUAAAGAUGAACUUUGCAAGAAUUUAUUCUCUUUAUUGACAACAGAACGUCUGCCAAUAUUUGCAGCAAAUCUUCAAGUUUGUUUCCUUCUUUUCGAGUCACUUCGAUUUCAUUUAAAGUUUCAAUUGGAAAACUAUUUGAUCAAACUAACAGACAUCAUUGGAAGUGAAAAUACGAGAGUAACUUAUGAAAUUCGUGAACUUGCAUUAGACAAUUUGCUUCAACUUUUGAGAGUUCCUGGAUUUGCUGCUGAACUUUACAUCAAUUACGACUGCGACUUGUAUUGUGCCAAUAUUUUUGAGAAUAUCACGAAACUUUUAUCGAAGAACGCUUUGUCAGCUGCAACAAGUCCAGUGAUUUAUGGAACACAACUUUUGUCGCUCGAUGCAUUAUUAACGAUAAUUGCAGCAAUUAACAGAAAUUGCACAUCUUUUAAGAAAGGAAAUCAAAUUGUUUAUAAGCGUCAUUCAAGAAACAAUUCAACGGCACGUUCUGAAAUGUUUACCGAUGAUACGACAGUUGAUGGAGCGGUUUAUGUCAAAAACAUGGAUACUUUCAUUCAAUACAACACAAUGUACAAUCGAUUUUCAGGAAAACUGAGAGUCGGUGAAACAUUAACUGAACAAAAGAUGGAAGAGAUCAAGAAUAAGAAGCGAAUAUUGUCACAAGGCACAGAUUUGUUCAACCAACGACCUGAGAAAGGAAUUCAAUUUCUGCAAGACAAUGGAAUCUUAAAUGUGACGCUUGAUCCACUGGAAAUUGCGCAUUUUCUUCGGGAAUCUCCUGGUCUUGACAAAAAGAUGAUUGGCGAAUAUAUCAGCAAGAAGAAGAAUGUUGAGAAAGGAAUUCUUGAAGUGUUCGUUAAAUCUUUUGAUUUCACAUCAACGAGAAUUGAUAAAGCUUUGAGACUUUAUUUAGAGACGUUUCGAUUGCCAGGCGAAGCGCCGUUGAUCUUUCUUGUCAUGGAACAUUUCGCUGAUCAUUGGCACAAAUGCAAUAAUGAACCAUUUGCAAAUACUGAUGCAGCAUUUCGAUUAGCAUACGCAAUCAUCAUGUUGAACAUGGAUCAACAUAAUCACAACGCAAAGAAGUUAAAUGUUCCAAUGACUGUUGAAGAUUUCACAAAAAAUUUGAGAGGAUUAAAUGGAAAUUCUGACUUUGAGCAAGAAAUGUUAAUUGAGGUUUUUAAUGCAAUUAAAAAUGAAGAAAUUAUUAUGCCAGCUGAGCAGACUGGAAGUGUUCGCGAGAAUUAUUUGUGGAAAGUGUUGCUGCGUCGUGGUGAAGGAAAAGAUGGAGAAUUUUCACACGUUCUUGAUCCAAUUUAUGAUAAACAAUUGUUUCAAAUCACUUGGGGAUCGACGCUUGCAGCAUUUGGUGCACUUUUUGAUCGUGUAACUGAAGUUGCUGUAAUUAAAAAGAUCAUGGAAGGUUUUAUGCAUUCAGCAGCCAUUUCAUCACAUUACAAUCUUUAUCAAGAGUUCGAUGCAAUUAUCUUAACUUUAUGUAAGUUUACAACACUUUACAGUACAACAGAAACCAACGACAUCAUCAUGAGUGUUCAAUUUGGAACAAAUUCAAAAGCAAGAACAACAAUGAAGUCAAUUUUCAAAUUUCUUCAUGAUUAUGAAUGUCAAAUCGAUCUGAUUGUCAUUGAAUCGAAAUUCUUACAUCCCAAUUCACUUGCUGAAGUCAUUUCACAUCUUCAAAGUCUCAUAAAAUCGCCAACAAGUCAUAAAUCAGUUGGAAUUAUGUAUGAUGAAAAUCUUGUCAUUUUUCACAUGGAACUUUUGACGAAAAUUCUCAUUCAAAAUCGUGAUCGCGUAUUACCAUUCUGGCCGAAAUGUAGUGAACUUUUCCAUCUUUUAAUUGUCAAUUCCGCUUCGUGUGGAUAUCAAAAUCUUUUGAAUCGCUCAACAAUUGCUUUGUUUAAACUCGCCAUUUAUUUAAUGCGAAAUGAAGAAUUGGCAUCGACAAUUCUUCAAAGCAUGAAAAUAUUCUUACGACUUAAAUCGAAGAUUCUCAACUUCAUUGCUGUUCCUGUGUCAAUUGGAAUGUAUGAGCUGCUCAAGACUUCAGCACAAAACAUUCACACUGAAUGUGACUGGAGCAUUGUCUUCAAUAUUCUCGAAUGUGUUGGUGCUGGUGCUAUUUCAGCUGAAGCAAGCGACGCAUUACCUAGUGGAACGAAAUCUGAUGGUGCUUUAAGUAGUGAAGAAGAAACUGAAGUCUCUGAUCGUGGAUAUACAAGCGACAGUGGUGAAGUUAACAAAAAUUCAAAUUCAUCACCAACCACAACGCCACCUAGCGGCGGGGAUAGUAAUUGGAUUAUUGUUAAUAAAGAAGCUGCGGCUGCUGCCGCUGUUGCAGAUGCUGAGAAGAAGAGUAGUUCUCAGAAUAAAAAUAAUGAAGACAUCGCAACAAUAAUUUAUCCAUGUAAGCUUAUGCAACAUUCACCAAUUGCUCUAGUCAAGUGUUGGGACAGUUUAGCUUUUGUUGUCAGAAAUGUCGCUCAUAUCACGCCAUAUAACUUCGAGAUUUGUGUGAAAUGUAUUCGAACUUUUGUUGAAGCAUCAAUGACAUAUGGAAGAGCAAGAAUAUCAAAAGUAAAUUCAAUGAAUUACAGUAAUAAAAGAAAUCAAUCAACAAAGAAAUCGUCGAUGAAGAAUUCGGAAAGAGAAGAUCGUGGUGAGAAUUCAAAAGGCGAGAAAUCAUCGUCGGAACUUCCAGAAAGAUAUGAAACAAUUGCAAUUCAAUUACUUGAUUUAAUGCAUACACUUCAUACAAGAACUGCUCAAAUCUUUAGAUGGUGGGCAGAAGAAGGUGGAUCAGUUCCGCAAUGCACUGCACUUUGGUCACAAGGUUGGUGUCCGUUGCUUCAAGGUAUAGCGAGAAUUUCAACAGACCAUCGACGACAAGUGAGAACAAGUGCAAUAACUUGUCUUCAACGUGCACUUCUUAUGCAUGAUUUACAAACCUUGACUGGUCCGGAAUGGGCUGGAUGCUUCCGUCAAGUUCUUUUUCCUCUCAUGACAUUCCUUUUGAAUGAGACGCCUCAAAAUAAUGACCCGGAAGUGGGACUCAUUGAAGAGUCACGUACAAGAAUAUCAACAAUUAUGUCGAAAGUUUUCCUUCAUCAUCUCACGCCACUUAUGACAUUGCCAGAGUUUAAUGAACUCUGGUUAGAAGUUAUUGAAUAUUUAGAGAAGUUUAUGAAGCUGGGAACGGAUAUGCUUUAUGAGGCUGUGUUGGAAAGUCUAAAAAAUAUGCUUUUGGUGAUGUAUUCAGUGAAGGCGUUUCACAAUCCUGAUGGCAUGACAUAUUCUGUUCUUUGGGAUCUCACAUGGAAUCGCGUUGGACUUUUCUUACCGACAUUGAAGGAAGAGUUGUUUAAAGACAAUGAUAAUCCCAUGCUUCAUGUCCCAAUUAAUAUUCGACAAAUUCCUUCACCGACAAUCUCACCAACAAUUGAACAAAAAGAUUUUAUUCAAUCAGAAGACACGACAACACCGAUUGUUGUUGAAAAUACUGAAAAUAUUCCAGAAGUUGAUCAAUUGACUGAAUCAACCAACAACAUGACAGUUAAUGACACACCACAAAACUAUCCGAUGUUCGUCACCAAUGAGACGACAUCACCUGAUUUAAGCAGUCCGAUUGUGUCAGUUUCAACAAUUAAUCCACAAUUAGGACCUCAAGAUAUCGAUGAACAAAUGGAAAGAUUCUCUGAAACUUCCAGCAUUGAACUCAUCAUUCAAGGAGGUUCAUAUGAGACAUCGCCACAACCACAACAAGUGAAAAUCCCUGAUAGUCAUAAGAUGCAAUUUAAUCAUUAUCCUGGAUCAAAGAUUAUGGGUCAAGGUGUUCCAGUCGAUAUUGUUAAAAGCUUUUCGCCACUUCCAUUACAGUCAGAACAAAAGAUUCAAGAUGGAAGUGACAUUUACAGCGAUUACAUUCAAGAUCCUUAUAACCUGACACUUCAGAUUGAUGGUGUUGCUGCCAACUCCCCCGCAUCUACCAGCGUCACCACUCCCGCCGAUAUCGUAAGAAAAGAUUCCGUUCCACCUGCAUCAACUUUUUUUCAGUCAGCAUCAUAUUUCAGUAACGACACGAGUGAUUUGACAUCCCCAGGGUCGGAACUUUUCAAUCGUCCCUAGGACUAAAAUGAAAAAGCUUUAUUGGGGAGAAUUCCGAAAUUUCUUUAUUCCUUCCUAUCCAGUCCAACUACACACCAAACAAAUAAGUAUCAGCAUUUUGGAAAUUAAGAAUUUGUAAAAUUUAUUUAAUAAUAAAAGGAA